CUCCUCCUCUUUAUCCUCCUCCUCCUAUUCCCCCUGAGAACCUGUGGCUCUGAGAUCCUGGCCGCCUUGGACCUCAGGGACUGACUGUACCUGCUUCUGAGUUUGGGGGUGCUCCAGGGGGACGGACGUGUUCAGCGAUGAGAGCCUCCUGCCUGCUGCAGAACCUCUUGCUAUGUGUGCAGCUUCUGAGCCUCUGCUGUCAAACUCAGGGGGAGAAUCACCCGUCUCCUAAUUUUAACCAGUACGUGAGGGACCAGGGGGCCCUGAGCGACCAGCUGAGCCGGCGGCAGAUCCGCGAGUACCAGCUCUACAGCCGGACCAGCGGCAAGCACGUCCAGGUCACCGGGCGGCGCAUCUCGGCCACGGCCGACGACGGCAACAAGUUCGCCAAGCUCAUCGUGGAGACGGACACCUUCGGCAGUCGAGUGCGCAUCAAGGGGGCCGAGAGCGACAAAUACAUCUGUAUGAGCAAGAGGGGAAAACUCGUCGGGAAGCCCAGCGGGAAAAGCAAGGACUGUGUGUUCACGGAGAUCGUGCUGGAGAACAACUACACGGCCUUCCGCAACGCCCGGCGCGAGGGCUGGUUCAUGGCCUUCACGCGGCAGGGCCGGCCCCGGCAGGCCUCCCGCAGCCGGCAGAACCAGCGCGAGGCCCAUUUCAUCAAGCGCCUCUACCAGGGCCAGCUGCCCUUCCCCAACCACGCCGACAGGCAGAAGGCCUUCGAGUUCGUGGGUUCCGCCCCCACCCGCCGGACCAAGCGCACCCGCCGGCCCCAGCCCCUCACGUAGUGGGAGAGGGGUGCUCCGUCUGACCCCCCGGCCCUCCCCUCCGGCUCCCUGGGUCGAGCCCCGUUACCCGGGAAGCGCAGGGUGCUGCUGACCUGGGCGGCUCUGAGAGUCACCCCUGAUGGAAGGGGCCAGAACUGAAGUGAAAUAAGGCCACGGGGCAGGGGCAGUGGGGCAGAGACUUGGCUGGCUCCCAGCCACGCAGACUGGGGCGAAGCGGGGGGCACGCCCGGGAGACCGGACAGUGCCCAGAGAGAGAGAAAGAGAGAGAAACUCCAGCCCUGCCUCCCUCGGCCCCUGAAACCCCACACCGCAGCCCCAGCUGACCUAGACAAGUGGGUUAGCCCGUCCUUCCUCCAGAACAGACUCCAAGGCUCCGCUCCGCCAGCUCUUCUCUCCUUCGGUCUCACUUUCUCUCUCCCUCCCUCCCCGCCCGUCUCCCUCCUUCCCUCCCUCUCGAGCACCUGACUGCAGGGAAGAGCCCGUCCGCGCAGUGUUUGGAAAGAAAGAACAGGGGUUCGCCAUCCCCGGAGAAUAAAGGGUGUUUUUUUUUUUCUAAAUGGAUUUUUCUAACCACAAAAAAUCAUCCAGCGACAACAAAAGGUUUUUCUCCAAGAAA